AUGCAAUUCAUACUGGUAGUGAUACUGGUUCUCUUCACACUAGCGGCCGCGGCCGAAGAAGCAGUAGCAGCUGAAGCCGUCCUGCCUCAAGCCAAGCCUGGCUGCACGUACCGCUGUGGCAACCUCACCAUUCCAUAUCCAUUUGGCAUAGGGCCUGAUUGUUACAUGACCAAAGACUUUUCUGUUCGUUGUAACACAUCCACUAAACCCCUGACAGCAAUGUGGGAUGCUAGCCCCAUCGCUAUUAACAACAUAUACCUGGCUGAAGGUGAGAUGCAAAUAGCGCAAUACGUAGCCUACGAUUGCUAUGACAGCCAGGGCUGGACUAAUUCCAGCGAACCAUGGCUCGCCGUGCCUCCUUUCACCAUCUCUCAUACUAGAAACAAGUUCAUUGCCAUUGGUUGCGAUGCUUAUGCACUUUUCAGAGGUUACCGUGCAGAUGAAGAGAGGUACGUGACCGGAUGCAUGUCCAUAUGUGACAACCUUGACAGUGUUGAACAGUCUUGCUCCGGGGUUGGGUGUUGCCAAACUGACAUCCCUAGAGGACUUAAGAACUACACUGUCAGACUGGAUAGCUACUAUAAUCAUACAUACAUACUGGACUUCAAUCCAUGCAGCUAUGCCUUCAUUGUGGAAGAAGGCAAGUUUACCUUUUCCCCGAAUACAAGUUUUAAAGACCUCUCCAACACUGAAAAGCUUCCCACGAUUCUUAAUUGGGAAAUUGGGGAAGGGCCAUGUGAUGAAGCUCAAAAGAAAUAUGAUUAUGCAUGCAAGGCAAAUAGUAAGUGUGUCAAUCGGAACAUCACCGAUGAGCUAUCUGGUUAUAUUUGUCACUGCCAGCCGGGUUAUCAAGGGAACCCCUACCUCCUUGAUGGUUGCCAAGAUAUUGACGAGUGCAAGGUUUCAAAACCAUGCACCAAUGGAAGGUGUGAAAAUUCACCUGGAAGUUACUCUUGUGUAACUGGUGGCUUCUUAGUUCUAUUUGUUGGAAUUUCAUGGAUAUGUUGCGGAAUAAAGAAAAGAAAAUUCAUGAAACUCAAAGAAAAGUACUUUAAAGAGAAUGGUGGCUUAUUGUUACUACAGAAACUCUCUAAUAAUGGAGGCUCAGUGGAGACAACAAAAAUAUUCACCACAGAAGAACUAGAGAAGGCAACAAACAAUUACCAUGAGAGUAGAGUCCUUGGAGAAGGAGGCUAUGGAACAGUUUAUAAAGGGGUACUACUUGACAACAAAGUGGUUGCCAUAAAGAAGUCCAAAGGUGGUACCUCGAUCCAGAGUGAACAGUUUGUUACUGAGGUGGUUGUUCUUUCCCAAAUCAACCACAGAAAUGUGGUGAAGCUACUAGGUUGUUGUUUAGAGACAGCAGUACCUUUACUAGUAUAUGAGUUUGUCACCCAUGGCACUUUAUAUGAGCACAUUCAUAGAAAAAGAUCACUACUGUCAUUCGAACUACGAAUGAAGAUAGUUGUUGAAACAGCAGGAGCACUAGCAUACUUACACUCCUCUAUAUCCACGCCAAUCAUACAUCGAGAUGUGAAAGCAGCAAAUAUACUCCUAGAUGAUAAUUAUACAGCUAAAGUGUCGGACUUUGGAGCUUCACGGUUGGUUCCUUCAGGUCAAACUGAAAUACAAACUUUAGUGCUCAGGACAUUUGGAUACCUAGACCCAGAAUAUUUGCAGUCAAACCAACUAACAGAAAAAAGUGAUGUCUACAGCUUUGGAGUUGUCCUAGUGGAGCUACUAACAAGCAAAGUGGCAUUUUCUAAUGAUAGAUGCUUAGCAAGCAUCUUUGUUUCUUCCAUGGAUGAAGAUUGCUUAAAACAAAUUCUUGAUGAUGCCAUAGUGAAUGAGGGAAAUAUUGAAACAGUAGAAAACGUGGCGAGUCUCGCAAAAAGAUGUUUGAGGGUAAAAGGGGAGGAAAGGCCUACCAUGAAAGAAGUUGCCAUGGAGUUAGAGGGAAUGACAAUUAUGGCAAAGCAUCCAUGGGGAAAGAAUGCCAUGUUUUGUCCAGAGGAGAAUGAGUACUUGCUUGGGUCACCUUCAGACAGUUAUGUUAUGGAUGUUAGAAGAGGUAAUCGCAAUUCUAGUGGUUUAACUACAGGUAUGACUACUGGGUAUGACAGCAUACAAAUCCAGAUGUUGAUGCCACGUGGUGAUGGACGAUAG